GGCUACUUUCGUUUUACAAUAAUGUCAUAAACGUUAUUUAAUUAAUAUGGCAAAUAUCAAAACAGUUAAAUAUAUUUUGUUGAUUCAUUGAUGAACAACAUGAAUGGAAGUCUGGAAAGUUUUUCUUAAUGGCAUCUUCUCUUUUAAACCUCUCUUCACGGAGGGUUGAGGCGGGCCUAUCAUAGGAUUUGCAUCAAUCAUUUGUGACAUGGCAAGAAGAAAAGCUUGUGUAAAAACAAUUGGACAGCUUGUAAUGAAUUGAAGUUUGGCAGUUGGAUUUAUUUAUGACAAUACGCAUCAGAAAUAGUGCUAAAGAAGACAUAUUCAUUGCUAAUUUUAUGGGCAUAUAACACUGAAUUAUAUGUGUCACUGAGAGACAACAUUUUUGGAAUAUUUGUGGUCAGGGUUGAAAAAAAAUUGAUAUUGGUUGCAAAACCAGGACAUAACAAUUAACAAGGGCAUCAAAUAUACAUUUGUAACCAAGAUAUCAAAUACAUUGUAUUGUUUCAAGAUAUAUGGUUGUUUUCAGAGUCACAUAGGUGUUUUCAGAGCAAAUGAGUCGGUACAGUGAAAGUGAUAGUCAUUAACAAACAAUAAUGGAUGAGCUUGUCUGAAUAUAGAAAACCAGCCUGCAAUUUUGCAUGCACACUUGCACAGUGGUUAUCAGUGACCAGACAAUAAAUAUGUCAAGUGAAUAUUGAAAUUGCAGCAUUGCAAAGGAUUUCAAGGAAGUAAUACAUUUACAUGCAUCUGCAUGAGUCCUUGACAGAUAGUUAGCAAAGAGCUAUAGGCCUUACAAACUGAUAGCUGUUUAACAAGUAGUUGUCCAAGUUAGGUGUGCUAAGCUUAUGCCAAAUGUGACUUCUAGAUACUUUUGUUUGGUAUUUUGUCGACAGCUGCUUAUUUGAAUUGAGAUUUGUCCAAAAGGGGAUUUGAUACCCGAUUCGGAAAUGAGAUGCAGUGUUAUUCCAUGAUGGAAUUUUCUCCUUCCACCAGAUAUUUGUUUGACAUUAUUAAAAUGUGUUUUCUCACUGAUAUCAUAGAAGACAGAAUGUCUCAACAAUCAACACGGUAAAAGGACAACCGGUGUAAAAGAAUCAACACUUAUAGAAGGAAGCAUCAAAAUGCAUGACAGUUUGAAUGGGGUAGAUGGGGAACCAGCCAGUAUGGAGCACAUCAAACGUUCCGAUGCGUUUCCACCAAAGCCUUUCAUCAAAGAGGACGAAAUCCUUCGCCUUCCAUUCCCGCCAUUGAAUGGCGAGUUCCCAGAAUUCAUUGGGCGCACAGCGGAUGGAACGAUCUCGUUGACAAACUAUCGAGUCUUAAUCCACAACAAGGCAACAUUGCAUAAUAUUCCGCUCGGAAAUAUUGACUAUAUCGAUGCUAGGGAUAUUUUUUAUCUGAAUGUCUUCUGCAAGGAUGCCACUGUUGUAAGGUGUGGCUUUCCAACGAACGACAAGUGCUUAAGCAUGUUUAAAAGACUUCAAGGGAAGCUAGAACCUGCUGCGAAAAACGAGGAUGUCUUUGCGUUCUGCUUUUACACCUACUGCAUCGACCACGAAAGCAGCUCAGCUGAUGGGUGCUGCCAACUGUGUCCAACAGGGCGUGACAAAGAUGGAUAUAAUUUCACACAAGAAAUGGAGAGACUGGGAUUUGAUACCAUCAAUGCAUGGAGCAUCACCGAAAUUAACAAUAAUUACAGCCUGUGCAGUUCCUAUCCCACGGAGCACAUCAUUCCCAAGGGUGUUCAGGACGACUGCUUGAAGAAUGUGGCCGGCUUUCGGGCACUCAAACGCUUCCCUUCAGUAACAUGGAGAAACGUUCGCAAUGGCGCAGUGUUGGUGCGCUCAGGGCAGCCUGAGAUGGGGAUUUUCGGUUGGCGCAACACAGAUGACGAGAACCUGUUAAACGCUAUACCCCUAGCCUGCAGCCGAAAUCCUGGAAACCGGAACAGAGCGAGACGGUCCCCCAGCAAGGAGGAUGGGAGUGGGUCAGAAAUCAGUUCAGAUGAAUCCUCAUCAAUAGAGAGCUCAAUCAGCGGUGAUGUGCCUCCAAAGAAGAUGAUGAUCAUAGACUGUCGCUCAUACAGCGUUGCCAUCGCCAACAGGGCAAAGGGGGGCGGCGUUGAGUGCCAAGAAUACUAUGAGAACUGUGAGAUCCAGUUCAUGAACCUUCCCAACAUCCACACAGUGCGUAACAGUUUCAUCAGCCUGCGCGUUCUUUGUAGUGGAACUAGAGACCCGUCAAGCUGGCUAUCGGGUUUAGAGAGCACAAGAUGGCUGCACCACAUUGCGGGCCUCAUGAAAGCUGCAGCCCUCGUGGUGAACUACAAUGAGAAGGAAGGGAGAUCAGUCUUGGUGCACUGUUCUGAUGGCUGGGAUCGUACACCACAGGUUAUCUCCCUUGCUGAGAUCAUGCUGGAUCCAUACUACCGCACCAUUGAGGGUUUUCAAGUGCUGGUGGAGCGGGAGUGGCUGCAGUAUGGUCACAAGUUUGCUGAUCGUUGCGGUAACGGUGUGCACUCGGACGACGUAAAUGAGCGCUGCCCAGUGUUCCUGCAGUGGCUCGAGUGCGUCUAUCAGUUGCUCAACCAGUUUCCCUGCCAGUUCGAGUUCACUGAGGGGUACCUGCUCAAGCUGGUUCAGCACACAUAUUCCUGCUUGUUUGGGACUUUCCUGUGCAAUACACAAAAAGAGAGGGUCUCUGAAAGUCUUCAUAGGCACACAGCCUCUGUCUGGCGGCUUCUCGAAGACAAGAAGUUUGUGAAUUGCCUGUAUGCUCCAACGGCUGAACAUGAGGUCCUUUAUCCAGCAACAAACAUUCAGAGCCUGAAGCUAUGGGCCUCAGUGUACCUCUCCAACAGUUCAUCAUUUGCUUCUACGGAGGACGUGGCGAAUCAAACCGUUCUCGUUGCCGACGGAAACCAGGAACCCUCCCCAGGACUUCAAAAGACGCGAUCGUGUGACAAUCUGCUCCUAGCAACAGACAUGAACACCAGUCUUAGCCGGCGGAAAAGUGAUCCGAAUAUCGCGAUGGAUCACUGCGAUCAGAUACUGUUGAAGGAUGCAAUCAAUGGAGAUACUUGCAGUUCUAGUGAAUCCGUAAAGAGUUCAGAUAAUGAUCGGUCUGUGUCUGAAAAUGGGGAUCUGACUUUGAAUGGGGGUAGAGAUGAGCAUAAUAGUGAUGUGCUAAUGAAUGGAAAUGAAAACUCUGCAUUGACGAUACAAUCGGAUUUUGUCUGUGAUAAUAGUGAUAACAAAUUAGAAAAUGAACAUGUUUGUAGUGUGGGGGAAAAUGGGGAGGAGGAAAGGUCUAAUGAAGAUGCUGUUGUAAACGGUGUGGAGAAAAGUGUGGGGGUAAAUUGCAAAAUUGAGGGACAGAUUGGUGCAGAAAAUAGUAGUCAUCCCAAUAAUCAUGUGGAGACUUUGACAUUUAAUGGGAAUAUGCCAAACGGACAUUGCAGUAAUGGUGUUCCUGUUACAAAUGGCUUUCAUGAAAUGAACGUCCAUAAUGGCUUUACAAGCAGUAGCUCUUCUGAAAAUGUCAAGAAUGGUUGGGAUGGCUCGGAAAGUGAAAAUUCUAUUGAGACAAUAUCAGAUUGUGAGGAUAAUUCAAUUACGAUGUCAAAUGGUGCAUAUACACAUGCAAAUGGAGUUAACGGAAUAAAUGGCAAACAUUUUUCGCAUAACUCAACAAGCACUAGAAGCUACAGCAAUGGUGAUGUUUUGGACCUGGACAGUAAAAUAUCUCUAUUGAAACUACAGGAGAGAAGGAAGAAUUCCGCACUGUUGUCGCCCUCGUUGGAGAGUUCGACCGACACAGUGACUGAAGACGUACACAAUGGGGACAGCAGUCACACGCUGACGCCUUCCAAUAGUUGCCAUGGCAACAGAGUGGCCUCCUUGCAGUCCCUGUGCGACGAAGCUACGAGGAAAAACCUGGAGAACUUUGCCAGCAUAAGCACCAGCACAAGCGACCUGUCGGAUUCAAGGGUGCAUGCAAAACUGUUGGAGAACGGUCUAGCCUUGCUCAAUAAAGAGGACACGUAUCACUCUAGUCUCAAACUGCCGUGCAUUCUCUCGCAGACAGCUCUAAAGAAGAGUCCUAGUGGCCUCUACUCCAAGCAGAGUGAGAGUAGCCUGUCCUCCACAGUCUUUCAUUCGUGUGGUUCUGAGUCAAAGAAUUCCUCCUGCCCCCCUACGCCGGCUACUAGUGACACAAAGUCCAUAGAUGUUCGUGUAUCAAAGUCUGGCCUAAGCCGUCACCUAGAUAUUGAUGGACUUACAAAGUUCUCUGACCCAGUUCAGAAGCAGAUCAGUCAAAUCAUAGACAGCUACGAGCAGAGAAUGCUGCAAAUGCAGGAAGAAAUCACUGGCCUGCAACGCAUGCUUGCCCAGCAUGCCUCUGCCUGCAAUGGAGAUGUUUGCAAUCUGCAGUUUCACGAGUUGCCGGGCAGCUGUGAUUUAGCCUCAAUUCAGAGUAACUAUAGCAACGCUGCUUCGGACGCGAGUUGGGACCAGAUGGAUGACCCAGAGGUGAACAUCGUACGCUGGGUACCGGACCACACCGUCACGCAUUGCGCCAGCUGCGAUCAACAGUUCACCUACUUGAACAGGAAGCAUCACUGCAGAAACUGUGGGAGGAUAUUUUGCCAUAACUGUUCCAGUGAGAAAGCACCAGUCCCCCAACAGAUGACGAACGUCGACCAGCGCGUCUGUAAAGCCUGCUUCAGAGAUAUCAGCUCCAACCUCUCGAAAUCCAUCAUUGAGGUCGAUGAGUUGAGUUCACUGGGAGCUGCAGCUUCAAACUGAGCGAUCAUGGCUCGUGGAGAAUGUAAUGUCAAUCUUGAAACCUCUGUGUACUGGGAGAGUCUGUGUGGAAGCAAUGACUGCUUGUAUCGAGAAUUUAACAUCAGUUUUGACAUUUCUGUUCUUAGAUUGUUGAAUGCAAACAGCUAGUAUUGAGAUCGUUACGUCAAUCUUGAAACCUUGUUUGUUGGGAGAUCCAUUGACCAACUGUGGGCUAACAGAUGGCAUUGAGUAUGCAACAUCAGACGCAAACAGCUUUGAUAUAGUAUGGGAAUUGAUGAUGUAUCAUGAAGCACUUUCAGAGAAUGUAACAUCAGUCCUUAAACCUCUUUGGCUAGGAUGGGCAGUAUGGUCUUGGAAAAAAUUCUUCCCUCUGCAUAACUUAUUGAUGCCUAGCGUCUAGAAAAAAGGCCUUGGCAAACAGCGUAGACCCAGAUGAGAUGCCGCAUGAUGCGGCGUCUCAUCAGGGUCUGCGCUGUUUGCUUUAAGGAAUUUCUGUUAGAAAUAUAGAAAUAAAUUUACUAGACAUCCCUAACUUUGGAAAUAAAUUGAUCCACUUUUGAAGGAUGGGAGAGUCCACUCAGCAUAAAUGGGUUAAAUUUUAAAAACUGCAUGGGAUUAAGCAACUGUUUUGCCACAAUAUUAUAUCACAAAGUAUCUUGAAAUCUAGCUGCAAAAAUCAUGUGGGUUAUAAUUUAUAUUAUUAUGUGAAAUAUUUUGCUACAAUCUUUUCCCAACAGUGAUUCUUAUUUAUAUACGCAUGUCAUUGCUUACGCCAUUUUAUGCCUAAUAAGCUUGUGGUAAAUUGGUUGUCUUUGAAGUUUUGUUUGUGGACUAUUACCAUUAAUCUUGGUUUUGAUGGGACAAAAGUUGAAGAUCGUAAGUUUAUUCUUGCUUGAUAUAUGUUUACAUGUCAGUAAGAAGUAAACAAUAGGAUAAUUAAAUUUCUUGUUUCAUGACACCAGGGGAUGUAUAGCAAUUGUAAAUAACUAUUUGAAACAGAUGGGACUCGACCGAUGUUACAUUCUUAUCUGUCUUCCAUUUGUUUGGCGGCCUUGGCAUGUACUAAGACAUUUAACAGCACAAGUGUUAUGCUACAAAUGUUUGUGUAUUAGACUGGAAAAUGCACAACUUUGGAAAGUAUGUUUGCGCAGGAUACAUGUAAAAGUUGUAUUUCUGUAAGUGUUAAUUUAUGAAUAAGUGUGUCAUUCCUUGUUUGAAUGUUGAAAUGAGUGUGUAAAUGCAAGUUGAAAUGUGUAGGUAAUUGAAUGCUGUAAAAAUGGUAGAGAAUGUCAUGGACAUAGUAAUUCAGCAAUGAGAAAAUCAUUUUAUGAUUUUCAGAUUAUAGCUGUAUACAAUUUUUGGGGGGAUAAAACGUUUAUAAUCUGUGUUAUAUUAUCGUUUAUAGUUUUUCUCCUUCACUUCUGUAUUGUAACUUCAAGGCAUAAAAGCCAUAUAGUCAUUUUUUCAGCACCCGUCUCUGUUGUUAAGUUUUGCUUUGUAAAGCUAAUGUUUUGUUGAGUUUACUUUUCCCUAAAUCCUUUACUUAUGCAAUUGCUUGUUGACCAUUGGUUUAUAAUUUUUCUAUUCAGGUUAUUGCUAGAGAAACCUGCAUUACAAUUUUAUAAAAAGCUAAAGGUGGUGGACAUUUCUGUUAUUUCUUGCUUAUCUGGGCCUCAUAUUUUCAUGUAAUUUAUUUAAGACAAUUCUUUCAUGAAAUAUUCAGGUUUUAACCAUUUUUAGCUCGACUAUUAUAUAUGAAACAUUUUAAGGGCAAAGCAACAUAAAAGUAGAUAUAAAAAUGUCUUCAAUAAAUACAUGAUGUUAUUGAAAUAUCUCCCAUUUAUGAGUAUUUGAAUCAAACUUAACAUUGAUUUUAAUGUUGAAAACAAAGAAUGCCAGCAUUCAGAUUAUGUGAUUCUUAUUUUUUUUUUAAAGGACGUGUUGGAACUUUUAAGAAGCUUAUCAAGUUAAACAACACCAUUGCACUAAAUAUGUUUAUUAUUUUGAUGUAUAUGAUUUAUGAAUGUAUGAAUAAAGAAAUUGUCAAGGAAUGAUCAUUAAAUAAAUGGUGAACUCAG